AAAAAAUAAUUACCAAAGAAAAAAAUAUUUAAUUUUCAUCAACAAUCGCAGUAUCUAAAUCACAACAACAAAAUCAAAUCUAAAGGCAGCCAAAAAGGUUUAUGUUCAUUUCCUUUUCUAGAUCAUAAUCUAUCUCAUAUCAUCCAUACUGUAAUACCCCCCUCGUUGUUGAUCUAGAAUAAUGGAGGCUGUGAAAAAGCGGUUCUCUUCCAACAGUUCUCAGAAUGUGUCCCCUAAGAAAAGAGAUAAUACCACAUCACCCAGUUACUCGCCUGGUCCCACCACUGCCGGUGACUUUGAUCCUGAUACCUUAUCACCAGAAUUAGUCCCUAUCGCUACUUUGAUGUCAAGUCAGUCUCAUCGUAGAUAUACUGAAGGUAUCUUUAUGUUAUAUUACGAUUUGAAUGGUGAUGGGAAACCAGCAGAUCGUGUUUGGAAAGAGGUUUAUGGGAUCUUAACAGGUAAUCAAUUAGCUUAUUGGGAUGCAGCCAACUUAGCUCAAUAUAGAAAUAAUCCAGAAGCUCUUUUAGAGACUUCUUCAAAACCAAACUAUAUCAACUUUACUGAUGCCGUAUACAAUGCCAUGAAAACUUUACCAUCAGCCAAUCAAAAUUUAGAAAAUAUCAUUAUUGUAUCAACUACUUUAAAAAAUAGAUAUAUCUUACAAUUUAAAUCGUAUCCUGAUUUAACUCAAUGGUACGCUGCCUUAAGAUUAUCUAGUUUUGAAUAUUCCUCUUUACAAGAAGCUUAUACAGGUGCAUUAUUAUCCGCUAGAGGUUCAAGAUUAUCUGAUAUUAGAACUAUUCUUGCUGAAAAAAGAUUCGAUCAUGAAGAUUGGGUAAGUAUCAGAUAUGGAAGUGGUAUGGCUUGGAAAAGAUGUUUUGCCGUUAUUGAACCUUCAGUAGCUAAAAAGAAAUCAUUUACUCCUGGUAGAAUCUUAUUCUAUGAAACUGAUCAAAAAAAGAAAAAACAAUUAAUGGCAGUAGUUUCUACGGCUGCUUCAGCAACGGCAAUUUAUCCUCAAUCACCAUUAUUAAUCGAUCAUAGUACGUUAUUAAAAGUUGAAGCUUCUAUAAAUUUUAAAUCACCUUCAUUAAAAAUAUCCAAAAAAUCAAAUGAUGAUUUUAGAAACACUUCCAUAUUUAUAAUGCCUGAACCUCAUUCAGCCGUUCCAGGUUUCGAUACUUUAAUUAGAUUCUUGGUGCCAUUAAUGGAUUCAUUUGGUCUUUAUGGUAGACCUCAACGGUUAAAGGCCAAUAGAACUGAUCCAACUUCUUUAUUAUUUGGGUUACCAACUUUACCUCACGUUCAUUAUUUACAAUUAGAGGAUGUGGCUCAAUUAACUACUAGAAGUGAUUUCUUAAGUUGGGAUGUAAAUGGUUGGACCAGCAAUAUUAAAGGAUUAUUAAGUUCAAAAUUAGCUCGUGGUUAUCUUGGUUGCGGAUCUCAAAGAGGUGUGGCUGGUGCUGUUAAUUCUUUACAUAGUCCUUCAUUAAGUAAACCAAAUUCUCCAAUGUUAGGAGCUACCAGAUCAUUUUCGAAUUCUUCAGGUUCAUUACCUAUAUCUUCACUUAAUACCACCAAUUCUAAUGGUUCAAAUUCAAAUCUUCCACCUGCUCCACCAUUGAAAACGACAGCACCAAAUAAGAAUUUCCAACCUAGAAAUAUCCAUGAUUUAUCUAUUAAUACAGGUAAAGAACAACCUCAAAUCCCUAUUGCUACUCAAGCAUUACCUAAAUCAAGACUUCAACAAUCACAAGCACAACAAGAUUUAAGUAAACAAAAUCAUAAAUCAGUUCAAUUGGAUGAUAUUUAUCAAAAGUAUUCUGCCAUCCAAGCUCCAUCAGAUCAAUAUCAUAUUAAUAGAAAUGAAAUGUUGAAUAUAGCUGAAGAUGAUUUACCUGCUGAUAUUAGAAAAUUAGAUAUUGAUCCUGAAUAUAAUACUUAUCCAAAGGGUAAUGAUGGUGUGUUCAGUGAUGAUUCAGAAGAUGAAGAUGAACCAGCUCAAAAGCAAAUUGGAUUGAUUCCAAAUGCUUCAAGUUCAUCAUCUGGUUUAAGUGGUCAUAAUCUUUUAUCAGUUCCAGCCUAUAACAAUAGAAAUAGUAGUUAUUCGUCAGUCCAAUCUCCUAUGACUCAAUAUAAUGAAUUCAAUGAACAAUUCAAUAGAACUUUGACUUUGAGUAAACAACCUCCAAGGAAUUAUACUGAAUUACAUCCUGCAAGUGAUGAUGAAAGUGAAAGUGGUACUGGUGAUAAGGGUCCAACUCCUCCAACUCAUUUCUCUAAUGAUUAUAACUUUAUUCAAAAAUCAAAGCCUUCUUACAAUUUGUCAGAGAAUAUAAAUCAUAUAAGGCAAGGAUCAACUACUCCUCAAAGCGAAGUUUUCCCUGAAAAUCAAUCCAUACAUUCUGAAUCAGGUAGAUUAAGUACGGGAUCAAGUUCAAGUUCUCAAGAUUCAUUUAAAGCAGGUGAAUCAGAAAGAAUUGCACCAUAUCCUUUAUCUCCAGAAAAACCAGUUGAAGCUCCAACCAGUGCCAAUAAACCAAGAUUUAUUUCUUCACCUAAUACUUCUCAAAAUCAAUUACCUCACUUCCGUUCUCCAGGUAGAAAACCUCCACCACUGGCUGAUGAAAUCAAUACUGCUCCAAUUCAACAACAAGCACCUCAACAACAAUAUAAUCCACCUGUUCAACAUUACCAAGCUCCUCCAGCACUACAAUAUCAACAAUCGCCUGCUCAGCAGAUGAAGAUUCCAGUCUUACCUCCUCAACAAAGAUCAGGUCCUUUGCCAGUUCAUCCUCAGGCUCCACCUCAACAACCAGUAUAUCCACAAUCUCUGAGUUAUGGAUAUGUUCAACCACAAGCGCCCCCACAGCCACGUCAUCAACCAUCUCCUCCUCCACCUCAGAUUUAUGUAAAUCAAGCUCCACCUCCACAACAACCACAAUAUGCUCAACCAGUUAAUUAUCGUCCUCAACAGCAACCUCAAGCUCCAAUGAAACAAUAUGCUCCUCAACGUCCACUCCAACAAGGACCACCACCUCAACAAAAAGGAUAUCCUCCAGUGAAUCAAUAUGGCCAACCUCAACAACAGGGAUACCCACCUCAACAGCAAGGAUAUCCUCCACAACAACAACCUAGAGCACAAAUUCCAAGAAGUACAGGUCAAGGAAAUAGAGGCCCAUAUCCACAACCACCACAACAACAACAACAACAACAACAACAAUCAAGACAUCCUUAUGCAAACAUGGGAAGUGGGCCAUACGCAGCCGCUAAACCAAGGGACAAUACUGACCCAAACAGACGUUAUUAGAGAAUGGGGGGUUAUAUUUAAAUAUUGUAUACUAGUUAUGAUUACGGACUUUAUGUUAUCUUUUUGUUUCACUUACUUUUCUUUUCUAUUCUGAUGUCAAUUACUAUUAUUAUUUUAUAUUUGUUUUUUUUUUAUACUCAAAAACUAUAUGUAUGUAUGUAUAUCAAUGUAUUAAGAACUUUUUUAUGGAUUUAUAGUUUUUU